UUCCCCCCAGGGCAUCCUGGGGUUUGGGGGUUUGGGACCCCCAGGAUUUCCCGUACGCGGCGCAGCCUGGCAGGGAGUCUGCAGAAGAAGGGGGGAAGGCGUCACGGGGCCCAAGCCGUAGACACUCAAGUGCACCCAACCAUUUCCGCCCUCUUUCAGCAAAACGUACUAUGCUCUUUCCGGUUGGCCGUUUUGAAGUAAAUCUCAUAAGUCCAGACAGCAAAACAGUGGUGCUGGAGAAGAUCUUCAAAGAUAUCUCAUCCUGCUGUCAGGGUGUUAAGCAGUCCGACCAUUUUGGAUUCAUCUGUCGGGACCCAUCAGAGUCUGGUCCCAGUCAGUAUGUGUGCUACGUUUUCCAGUGUGCCAGUGAGUCCCUGGUGGAUGAAGUGAUGCUGACGCUGAAGCAGGCCUUCACUACUGCAGCCGCCUUACAGAGCAACAAGACUGAGAUCCAGCUGUGUGAAGCCUGCCCCAUGCAUGGCCUGCACAAGCUCUGCGAGCGGAUUGAAGGUCUCUACCCACCCCGUGCAAAGCUAGCUAUCCAAAAAUAUCUCUCCCAGCUGACUGACAAUGAGCAGGCUGAGAUUUUUGAGCGAGUUCAGAAAUUGAAGCCCGGCUCAGACCAAGAGGAGAAUGAGCUGGUGAUUCUCCAUCUGAGACAGCUCUGUGGAACCAAACAGAAGUCCCACCUCCACAUCGGAGAGGCACCACAGAAUGCAGCAAACAGCUUAUCCGUGGGAGAUAUCACAGCCACCAGCAGUCGCUUUAAACUUGAUAUUUUUAAGAAUAAAGCACGCUCCUCCCUUACCAGCUCCCUGGAGAACAUCUUUUCAAGGGGUGCCAGCCGGAUGCGGGGCCGCUUGGGAAGCAUGGGAAGCAUCAGCAGUUUUGAAAGACAAGAUGAGGAAUCUCCCGGUCACUCCCCUCCAGGUUCCCCCCCUGCUAUUCAUGACGACGACCCGGAAAACGGCCUGCAUUUCCGCCGGCGUGCCCACACUUUCAGCCAUCCUCCUGUAAAGAAACGCAUCUCCUUCGACGGCCAGCUGGCCAACCAGAGCAAACAGGCUCCACUGCGCAGACAACAGUCUGUUAACCCAGAACUGCUGCAGGGCAGUCCCAUAGCUGUCUCGAGAAAACGCAGCGUUUCGGAGAGCGAAUCCACCUACAGCCUCCCUUCCUCCUUCUCUGCCCCCACUUUCCUGAAAAGCUUUUACCAGGGCUCACUGGGCUCCCUGAGCUCCCUGGCAGACAGUGGGAGCCUCAAGAGCAAUGGAGAACACAGGAAGAGGACCCUGUCUGGCUGCAGCAGUGACUCAGUGAGUGGGGGCCUCCCUCCGAUCCCACGCAGGGUCUCCUGGAGACAGAAGAUCUUCCUGAGGGUCGCUUCACCUAUGAACAAGCCGUCUGCAUCGAUGCAGCACCCAGACCACUCUGAUGGCAGGGAGCUGUUGCCUCUCUCUCCUCGUGGCUUGGAUUUGAGUCUGGAUCCUUCUGGGCGUCUGCUGCCACAGGCAGGUGACCCCCUGUCUGGGGAGAGGCCUAAGAGGACAGGGGCUGACUACCGGGCCCUCUGGAAGACUGCCAUUCACCAGCAGAUCCUUCUUCUGCGCAUGGAAAAGGAGAACCAGAGACUGGAGGAAGCGAGCAGGGAUGAGCUGCACAUCCGCAAGAUAAAGCUGAACUACCAGGAAGUUGGCCCAUGCUCCAAAGAGGCACAGGCAUUGUGGGAGAGAAAACUGACUGCCCCGGGCAGGACAACAGUUCCACAGGACGAGGAGGAGAUGUAUCGUGCACUCUGCCAAGGUGUUCCCAAGAGCAGGCGUGGGGAGGUCUGGUUGCUCCUUUCCCAUCAGCACCGGCUGCGUCACAAGCUGCCCCAGCGUCAGCAAGCCCCAGACACCCCCUACCAUGACCUGCUCAAGCAGCUCACCGCACAGCAGCAUUCUAUUUUGGUGGAUCUAGGCCGGACCUUUCCUACCCAUCAGUACUUCUCAGCCCAGCUGGGUGCAGGGCAACUUUCCCUCUACAACCUCCUGAAAGCAUAUUCUCUGCUGGAUACAGAGGUUGGCUACUGCCAGGGUAUCAGCUUUGUGGCUGGAGUGCUGCUGCUGCACAUGAGCGAAGAACAGGCCUUUGACAUGUUGAAGUUCCUCAUGUAUGACCUUGGCAUCAGGCAGCAGUUCAGACCUGAUAUGGUCUCUCUGCAGGUUCAGAUGUACCAGCUCUCCAGAUUGUUACACGACUACCAUCGCGAAUUGUACAAUCACUUCGAGGAGCACGAGAUCUGCCCGAGCCUCUACGCAGCGCCGUGGUUCCUCACUCUCUUCGCCUCACAGUUCCCCCUCAACUUUGUGUCCCGCGUCUUUGAUUUUGUAUUUGUGCAAGGGACCGGGGCCAUCUUUAAAGUGGCCCUCUGUCUGCUGAGCAGCCAUGAGGGGGAGAUAGUGGAGUGUGACACGUUUGAGAGCAUUGUAGACUUCCUGAAGACUACACUUCCCGCCCUCACUCAGACUCAGAUGGAGCAGACCAUUGCAAAGGUAAUGGAGAUGGACAUCUCCAAGCAGCUGCAUGCGUACGAGGUGGAGUACCAUGUCCUGCAGGAUGAGAUGUUGGAUUCCGGGCCGCUGCCUGACGACUCCGACCGGCUCGACAAACUUGAAAAGACCAAUGUGCAGUUAAAGAAACAGAACAUGGACCUGCUGGAAAAACUUCAGGCUGCACGGCAGAAGAUUCAGACACUGGAGACGAAUGUAGAGAACUUCCUUUCUCGGGAGAGCAAAAUGAAGCACAUGAUUCGCUCUCUGGAGCAGGAGAGGGCAGCUCACCAGAAGACCAUUGAACGCAUGCGCUCAUGCCUUCCCCCUGACGCCCUGACAGAUGUGGAGAUGACCCAGAUCAAAACAGGACCCAAUGGGAAAGCCAAAACUGUAGCCAAGAAGCCCUGAUGGCAACCAGGGGGCUGUCUGCUCUGGACAGAUGCACAGGCAGAGACUGAAGUGAACAAAUGGAGCCUGCUUUAUUGGAUGGCUGCUGAGCUCCACCGCUAUUGUUGUACUGCUGCACAAGAGUAGCAGGCUUUUAUAAAUGUGUGAUGUCUGGACUUAAGAUGUGCAGUCUGUAUGGGAAAUCUACAUGGUAUUCGUCAGCUUACAUCCGAGCAGUGGGAGGAUGGUUUCAGUUAUAUUAGCAAACAGACUGUUCUAUCAGUGCAUCAAAGCUGCUGUUCUUUCUGAUCUGUUUCACUGCCAGUUUGUAGGUGAAAUUGAGAUGCACUUUCUUAUUCAGAUCUUUUUUGUAACCACGGGGAGAUUUUCAAGAUUGAUACAAGAGAAAUAUGUCUGCCUCUGCUAAUCUCUUUUGAGCACUGCCUUGAUGUAGUUACUGAGUCUUAGUAGCACCACAAAAGCAUUGAACAGAAGUUGUUUGUGUUAGCAAACAAUCUUUUGGACUUCAGGUUCAACUUCUAGCCGUUACCGAUGUGCAUAAUCCUUGAGUUGAUGCCCCAUUGUUAUUGUUGUUUUUGAACUUGUGUCUGUGAUGGAAACUCUGCCCCAGAGUAAUCACAUUGCUUUGUCAUUUCCUUGUAUUCACUUGAAAUGUGUGAAUGCAAUUUCUCUCCAAAGAUCAUUGAGAUAACAUUCUUUUCACAACAGAGACAUCUGACUGCCUGUCUGCCAUAUUAGGCUUUAAAUUUCAUCUGACAUAUAUGGUAUCUUGUUGCUCAUCCCCCUGCACCGCACCACUGCCUUCAAGUGAGAGAUCUCUAAAACGUGCACUUACUGCUUUUUAAAGAGGAAGUGUUUCUUCCAAAUCUCAGGCAGGACGUGAGGUCGUCUGCCUUCUCAGUUUCCUGUGUGACUGACCGCGGUGUUGCCUUGUUUGAGCAACACAUUCAGACACCGAGGCAGAAUUUAAGAACCCCAGGAGGCACCAAAAAGAGGAGCGAUGUGAAUGUACACCACAUGCUUCUGUACUAAAAGUUUUGUAUGACAUUUUUGUUUUUGUCAGCCAGAGGUGUGACAAAAGUAGCAACACCCUCUCUUCCUGUAUUUCUGGAAGGCGUGUCUACAAACAGCUAGUGUGGUUUGGCUAAAGAAUUCAAGACAACACGUAAAUCAGAAAAGAAGAAGACGCUAAUCAGUUUCCUUUUUGAAUGGGGUAGUCUCCCCUGAUGCUUGGUAAUAUAUACAGUAUAUGUACACACACACACACUUGCAUACAAACAAGCUGUGCAGUGAACUGUCUGACUGUAUUGGCAGACAGUUUAAAUGAGUUCAGCAAGGCUUCCCUGGCUCUCAUUAGUUUUGUUUUAUCCCACCUCCCUGUCUGACUCACCAUCGGCAGUUCUUAUUGAAAGCAAAACGGUCCUGGGCUUGACUCCGCUUUCAUAAAGCAGCCUUACAUUGAAACCAAGGUCAUGAAAAGUACUUACUAACGUCUUUCUGUCCUUGGUGACACAUUUGUGUCCGUUUCAGUGUAAAGUUUUUAUUCUCAAAAUGUAGUCCAAGCAGACAUAUCCUUUGGCAUACAAUGCAAUAUGUUCAGCAAUCCUGGGUCUUUGCAUAUACCCAGAGACUUGCUUACUUUUGCUAAGUCACAGGAGCUGCAGUAAUUCUGUUUUUGGAAAUUCUGUUUUUGAAAGGUUUGCACCAAACCUUUCAUAAAUAGUGGAGAAAUGUUCACCUCUGAACAGCAGGAGCUCUCUCAACAGUUCAGAAAGUGAAAUAUAUCAAACAAUGUAUUCCGAAAUCUGUUAAAGGAUACGUAGGAUUCUGUCCUACACACCUUUCCUGCCUCUUUUGCUUAUCUGCAGUAUUUGUGCAUAAUUGAAUUGACAAUUAAACUAAAUAUGUGGUUGCUUUUCAAAAAUGAAUGAAUCCAAAAUGCUGUGAUGUGAAAUGUGAUUACUUUUUUGUCACUACACCUUUUCAGCUUUCUUUAGGUGUGUACUAGGACAAAAGCUUAAAAAGACACCAAAUAUUGGCAGUAAAAACUCAUCGUAUUCCUUUGUGCCAAAAAUAAAUAAUAUCUCCGAUGAAUAAUAAUUCAUCGGAGAUAUGAGACCAUUUUGUCGAUAUCUGUUAAGCGCAUCCUUGUGGUUAGCAAAGGUUCUUUAUUUUAACAGUGAUCCUGACUACUAAAUAGUGCUUGUAUCACUGUGUUGUAAGGAAAGACACUUAAUAAUAGAUGGAUUGUUUUCUGUCAACAUGAGGGCUACACAAAAACAGAAUUCUUCAAUAAACUUCACCUUGCCUUGUU